AUGGCCAAUAUUUCUGCUUUCACGGGCAAGUUUCGCGCCUCAAAGGGCGUUGUUUACGAAUCACCCGCCAAAGUAAUCAAGAGGCCGCGCGACUCACUUGUCUGCAACCAAUGCAAGAAAUCUAAACUUCGGUGCGAUCGAGGUCACCCAUGCAGUAGCUGUGUCAGGCGAGAUGAAGCAGCUCGGUGUAGCUAUCAUCGAAGCUCGACCUCCGCAACCGAAAACACUCGGCAGACAGUAGCAGAAGAGAAGCUUGUACAUCUUGAAUCUAUCGUCAAGGAGUUGAUGCAGACCCAGCCAGGCGCACAUCGACUGCACGCUGAGUCUAUUGCCAAGCCCAUUACGCCACCAGCAGUCCUCCAGGAUAUUGUACAGACUGAGAGUCAGACGCAGAUCGAGAGCUAUGAGUAUGUCGGUUCCACUCACUGGUCUGCCAUUCUUGACGAUAUCCAAGAGUUAAAGGCAGUCCUGGGCAAAAGCCUUGACCAACAAGAGUCCGAGGAACAUGCGGUGAUUGAAACACGCGCCCUCGGUAGUGAGGUGAUUUUUGGAUCGCCAAAUCAUUUCUCCCUACAACAGAUCACUUCUCAAUACCUGCCUCCCAAAAUCGAGGUCGAUCGACUGCUGUCAGUCUAUUUCCAAGGGAAGACAUUCAUUGCGCCUUUUGUUCACGCAUACCAAUUCCAGCGUCAGUAUCAAGAAUUCUGGGCCGACACUUCAAAGGCUCAUCCGCUUUGGCUUUCUAUCCUGUUUUCAAUCUGCUACACUGCUUCCAUUGUCAGAGAACGCGUACGCUCGUUCCAUGCUUCACAAAACGAGUCGAGUAUUGGCGACCAUGCUUUACAUAUUGCUGCAGGACAAUGUCUAGUCCUAGGUGAGUAUCACCGGCCCCAGCAACUUGGGUUGGAAGCUCUGGGCAUGUACGCGAACAGCAAGAACCUCAGGACACUUGAUCCUUGCCGGGAAGCUGGCGCGAUGCUCGGCAUGGUAGUCAAGAUGGCUUAUGAAAUGGGUUAUCAUCGAGACCCGGAUUCAUUUGGAACAUUUACCGUCUUUGAAGGUGAGAUGCGCAGGAGGCUAUGGGCUUCAUGCGUUCAGAUGGAUUUGAUGAUGUCCUUCAUGCUUGGCCUGCCAAGUAAUAUCCGUCUCGAAAACAGCGACACCAAACCUCCGAGAAAUCUGCUAGACUCGGAUUUUGACGUCGAUACAAAAGUUUUACCAAAGUCUCGAUCCGAGCAUGAGCCAACACGAAUAUUGUGGUUCAUCGUCAAGGUCCGACAAAUGCACAAUUUCAGCAAAGCAAGCAUGGAUGCAUUGUCAUUUACGGAGAAAUCUGAAGCUGAGAUUCUUGCCCUCGAUCAGGAUAUUCGACAGAUGUACACAACCAUACCUGACAUUCUAAGAACUCGCCCUCUAGCGGAGUCACUUGCUGAUGAACCUUUCCUCAUCAUGACACGGGUCUACGUUGAGUUUAUCUACCUCAAAAGUAUCUGUGUUCUUCACCGCAGAUACAUGGUCAGGGGUGAUGCUUUCAGCACUCAAUGUUGCAUCGAAGCCGGAAUGAGAAUCGUCACCAAGUUCAUCGAAAUGUAUAGAGAAUUCUCACCUGGAGGCCAGUUGUGUACCGAGAGGUGGAUGUUGAGCAAUUUCACGAUCAAUGAUGUCCUUCUGGGGGUCAUGGUACUUUGCCUAGUCCUGCAUCAACGUCGACAGAACACAUCUCCUACUCUGAACCCUCGACCGGGGACGAAUGCGAAUUCGGCAUACCGGAUCAACUUUGAUGAGGGGAGUGAGUGCGACAUUCCCUCGUUGCUGGAGAGAGUUCAUGCAAUCCUGGUUGAGAAGUCGCAAGCCAGUAGAGACGUGCGGCGAGUUUCACAUGCAGUGCGACUGACGCUCAGGGGUGCUUCUGGCGCCGAGAGGUCUUCUUCAAUGUUGCCAUUCAAUCGCCACAAAAAGACGCACCCUUAUUAUCUCCAACCACAACCGUCAGACCGACAAGUGACGCCGGCCCACGAUUUGCCGCUGGAGACGGUGGUGGAAAGUGUGGAUCGUUUCUCGCUGGCCUCCACAGCUCUCGAAGGACCACAAUCAGAGAUCCCGGCCACGACAGAGCAAAAUAGCUACUCUGCAACGUCAUUUGAUUUCGGACUUCUCGAUCCCUUCAACUUCAUGGCAGAUGCUGACAAUAUCGAUUGGAGCGACUUUGAGCUUUUUGACCAGACUUUUGCGCCGGAUGCGAUGCCGCUCUACACGCCGCCCUAA